CCAGAUAGUCGCGAUCUCCAGCAGGAAUGGGCGCACUGUCCCCUGCAUCCUCAGCUCUUUCAUAGUCGUCGGUGGAUGGGCGCGGUGAAGAUCCUCGGUCUGGGGCCAUGGUUGGGAGAUCCUGAAGGGGGACUGCGACGGACAGGUUGGAGUUUGAACGCGGGUACACGUUCAAUCAAGCAUCUAAAGGAGAUCAGGAUGAUGUUGCGUGCUCAGAUAAAUGCAGAAAGGAGCGGCUGCCAAUAGCUCAACGUGCAUCGCGGGCUGCCGUUCAGGGACGUUGUGCAGCGCGCCUUCUCGUUCUUGACGCUUCCUGUUACAGGACAUACAGGCCUCUUCACUUUUUCGUAACACAUGAUGAAGCUCUCCAGCGCCCUCCUCCCGCUUCUGGCGGCGCCCUUUGUCACCGCAGAGCACACCUCCAACUGGGCCGUCCUCGUAGGCACGUCACGCUUCUGGUUCAACUACCGCCACCUUGCCAAUGUCCUCUCGCUCUACCGUACGGUCAAACGCCUGGGCAUUCCGGAUUCUCAGAUCAUCCUCAUGCUACCGGACGACAUGGCCUGCAACCCGCGCAAUGCCUUCCCCGGAGCUGUCUUCAACAACGCCGACCGGGCCCUUGACUUGUAUGGAGAUAACAUCGAGGUGGACUACAGAGGGUACGAAGUCACAGUGGAGAACUUCAUUCGGCUCAUGACAGACCGUUGGGGCGAAGACACGCCCCGCAGCAAGAGGUUGAUGACAGACGAGCGGAGCAACAUCUUGGUCUACAUGACAGGGCAUGGCGGCAACGAGUUUUUGAAAUUCCAAGACGCGGAGGAGAUCAGUGCCUUCGACCUGGCAGACGCGUUUGGCCAGAUGUGGGAGAAGAAACGCUACCACGAGAUGCUUUUCAUGAUUGACACCUGCCAAGCAAAUACCAUGUACUCGAAAUUCUACUCCCCCAACAUCCUCGCAACCGGGUCCUCGGAGAUCGACCAAUCUUCCUACUCGCACCACGCCGACCAAGACGUUGGCGUCGCCGUCAUCGACCGCUACACAUACUACAACCUCGAGUUCCUCGAGACACAAGUCCGCGACCCUACAUCGAAGCUCACAAUGGGCGACCUGUUCGACAGCUAUGACGAAGAGAAGAUCCACUCGCACCCUGGGAUACGAUAUGAUUUGUUUGAGGGCGGCGAGCAAGCGGCAAGGAACAGACUGGUUAUGGAUUUCUUUGGCAACGUGCAGAACGUCGAGGUGGAAGGCGAGAAGAGGAAUGAGACUCAGUGGAGGCAGGAUUUGGAAGCUAUUGAAAGGAUGAUAAACGAGGCGAAGAGGAGGCACAACGAGAGCUUGAGCAUACAACCGCAGGCGCAGCAUAUUGUCGAAGAAUCAAAACCAGUUCAGAGCUCGAAGAGGCAGGGCGCGGCGAUGGUGCAGGAAGAGCAGGGCUGGUCGAAGCAGAUUGUGGGUGCUGCGGCCUUGGUUGGCUGCGCUGUAGCGUGGGCUGCGGGCAGCUGGCUGGAGUCGUGAAGAGUUGGACUUGGAGCGUGACUGUGUCGAUAUCUGUUCUAUACCCCAAAGCAUUGUUCGUUCACCACCUCAUGC